UUUUAUACCCAUUUGCUUAAUUAUGUGAAAUUAAACCCUAGAAAAUGGAUGGCAUAUUCCAAUGUGUCCCAAUUCCACCAACUUUGCACGUGAAAUGCUUCAAUUUCCACAUCCUUUGCUCUUGCAUUUGCUAGUCUACAACUAACAGUCAAAACUCCAUCUGCUCUACAUAAGAAUCGAGAACGAAGAAAGCACAUGGGUUUCCACUCCCCAUCAAAACCCAUCUCCUCUAUGGCCUUCCUCUGCGCAAUUCUCCUCUUUAUUCUCUCAUCGUCAAUCCAUUCGGUGUCCGGAACCACCAAUUUAACAGCCUACGAAGUUCUCCAAGAAUACGAUUUCCCGAUUGGCCUCCUUCCAAAAGGAGUAACAAGCUAUGAAUUAGACAGCUCAACAGGUAAGUUCUCGGUUUAUCUCAACGCAACUUGCACAUUCACAAUUGAUUCUUAUGAGCUUAAGUACAAAUCUACUAUCACGGGUGUGAUAAAGAAAGACGAGCUUUCUAGCUUGAGCGGUAUCCAAGUUAAGGUCCUGUUUCUCUGGCUGAGUAUCACAGAAGUGAUCCGCGAUAACGAUGAGCUUGAAUUCUCGGUGGGGAUCGCUUCUGCGAAUUUUCCGGUGAGUAAUUUCUACGAGUGCCCCACUUGUGGAUGUGGAUUUGAUUGUGACGAUGGGAAUUUCAGAAAGAUCGAUAUGGAUCGGGUUGUGUAUUCUUCUUGAUUAGGUAAUCUAUGUUCUGCAUCUUGUGAUUGUUGAUAAAUUGUGUUUGCAUUAGGUAUUUGUAAGCACAAAUAAAAAUUUGUAAUCGAUCGCUUUGCUAAUUUUCUUUGUUUUGCAAA